CUGCGAGGUGGUGAUGGGAAACCUGGAGAUCACCAGCAUCGAAUGGAACCACAACCUGAACUUUCUCAAGUCGAUCCGCGAGGUGACUGGUUACGUCCUGGUGGCUCUGAACCAGUUCGACUAUCUGCCUCUGGAGAACCUGCGCAUCAUCCGCGGCGCCAAACUGUACGAAGGCCGUUACGCUCUGGCCAUCUUCCUCAACUACAGGAGAGACGAAUACUUUGGUCUGCGCCAACUCGGCCUCAACAACCUCACCGAGAUCCUGAACGGUGGCGUGUAUGUGGAUCAGAACAAGUUCCUGUGCCAUGCAGACACCAUCCACUGGCGGGACAUCAUGAGGAACCCUCACGCCGAGCUGCUGGUGGUGCCGUCCAACAACAGCGGCAAUUCGUGUAGACGAUGCCAUCGAACCUGUAACGGACGCUGUUGGGGCCACCAAGAGAAUCAGUGCCAAAUCUUAACGAAGACGGUGUGUGCUGAUCAGUGCGACAGUCGUUGUUUCGGUCCGUUCGUCAGUGACUGCUGUCCCCGCGAGUGCGCUGGAGGCUGUUCAGGACCCAAACACACCGACUGCUUUGCUUGUACGAACUUCAAUGACAGCGGCGUUUGUGUGUCUCAGUGUCCUCAACCUUUCAUCUACAACCCGAUGACCUUCCAACUGGAGCACAAUCCCAAAGUCAGAUACACGUACGGAGCGUUCUGUGUCGAGAAAUGUCCACACAACUUUGUGGUGGAUCACAGCUCCUGUGUUCGAGCCUGUCCGAGUAACAAGAUGGAGGUGGAGGAGAACCACAUCAGGAUGUGUGUCCCCUGUACUGACAUCUGCCCUAAAGUGUGUGAUGGAAUAGGGACAGGCAGUCUACACACGGCUCAGACCGUUGACUCCAGCAACAUCGACAAGUUCAUCAACUGCACUAAAAUCAAUGGCAACCUGAUUUUCCUCAUCACUGGAAUUAAAGGAGAUAUGUACCACGGGAGCAGAGCUUUGGACCCCGAGAGACUCGGCGUGUUCCUCACAGUUAAAGAGAUCACAGGGUUCUUGAACAUCCAGUCCUGGCCGGAGAACAUGACGGACUUCAGCGUGUUCUCCAACCUCAGCGUCAUUGGAGGAAGGACUCUUUAUAGCGGCGUCUCGCUGAUGAUCCUGAAGCAGCACUGGAUCACAUCCCUGAGCUUCCAGUCUCUGCAGGAGAUCAGCGCCGGGAACGUGUACAUCAGCAACAACAGCCAACUGUGUUUCUACCACACAUUGAACUGGACGAGGUUUUUCCGCUCCGGCAGUCAGCGAGCGCUGCUGAACAGCAACAAGGAGACGCAGCAGUGCAUUACAGAGCAGCGUGUGUGUGAUAAGCUGUGUUCAGAAGCAGGAUGUUGGGGUCCCGGUCCGGACCAGUGUGUGUCCUGUAGGUACUACAGUCGCGGGAGGACGUGUGUGAAGUCUUGCAACCUCUACCACGGAGAAUUUCGGGAGUUCAUCAACGGAUCGGUGUGUGUGGCGUGCGACAGCCAGUGUGAGAAAUCUGGAGAUAAAACACUGACCUGUCACGGACCAGGUGCAGAUCAGUGUAUGAAGUGUGUUCACGUGAAAGACGGGCCCAGCUGUGUGGAGAAAUGUCCUGACGGGCUGCAGGGUGGCGACAGCUUCAUCUUCAAAUACGCCCACAGCAACAACGAAUGCAGACCUUGCCACACCCACUGCACCCAAGGAUGCACUGGACCUCGGAUUCAAGACUGCAUUGGAAUGAUGGAUAGGACUCCUCUGAUUGCAGCCGGAGUGAUCGGGGUGAUGUUUGUGCUCGUAAUCGUGGCGCUCGGUUUUGCUGUUUAUAUCAGACGCAAGAGCAUUAAGAAGAAGAGAGUGUUACGCCGCUUUCUGGAAUCUGAGCUCCUGGAGCCUCUUAAAACCAGUGGAACUGCAGUGAAUCAGGCUCAGCUGCGCUUACUCAAGGAAACUGAACUCAAGAGGGUGAAAAUCCUGGGAUCCGGCACCUUCAGUACUGUUUACAAGGGCAUCUGGAUACCAGAAGGUGAGAGCGUGAAAAUCCCAGUGGCCGUAAAAGUCCUCAAUGAAACUACAGGACUGAAAUCCAGUGCCAAUUUUCUGGAUGAGGCUGUGAUGAUGUCCAGCAUGGAUCAUCCGCACCUGCUGCGUCUGCUCGGGGUGUGUGUGAGCCCCAACGUGCAGCUGGUGACCCAGUUCAUGCCCCUCGGCUGCCUGCUGGACUACGUUCACGAGCACAAGGACGACGUCGGCUCUCAGCUUCUGCUCAACUGGUGUGUGCAGAUCGCCAAGGGUAUGGUGUACUUGGAGGAGAGAAGACUAGUCCAUAGAAACUUGUCCGCCCGUAAUAUUGUGGUGAAGUCCCCAAACCACAUCAAGAUCGCCGACUUUGGACUUGCGCAACUACUGGAGGCCGAUGUGAAGGAGUACAACGAAGAUGAAGACAAGAUGCUCAUCAAGUGGAUGGCGCUGGAGUGUAUUCACUACAGAAAGUUCACGCACCAGAGCGAUGUUUGGAGUUAUGGAGUGACCGUCUGGGAGCUGAUGACGUUCGGAGGAAAGCCGUACGAUAGCAUCCCUAAUCGCGAGAUCCCGGAUAUUCUGGAGAAAGGAGAACGUCUGGCUCAACCUCCUGUAUGCACCAUAGACGUCUACAUGGUCAUGGUCAAAUGUUGGAUGAUCGAUGCUGACAGUCGGCCCCGGUUUAAAGAGCUCGCUACAGAGUUCUGCAGGAUGGCAAGAGACCCUCAGAGAUACCUAGUCAUUCAGGGUGAUGACUGCACAAAGCUGCCCAGUCCCAACCACAGCAAAUUCUUCCACAGUCUUUUGGAUGAGGAUGAAUUUGGAGACGUGAUGGAUGCUGAGGAGUACUUGGUUCCUCAAAACCCCGAUGCUCCGGUUUCCUCCCAUCCAUCCAGCCCUCAUCUGGAUUCCAGUCUGGGACUGAGUGAUGCGACAAUAGGAACACAGAGUUGUGAGGCAGCCACAUCGUCUGGUGAACUGUUUUUCCCAGUGAGGCCAGGGAAGGAGGAGCAGCUCUGUCAUGGAAAGCUAAAGAAGAAGCUCAGCACCGCCUUUGUGGAGGACAGCAGCUGUCGACGCUACAGUGCAGAUCCUGCUGCAUUCCUGAAAGAAAGAACACAGAGGAGAAGUGUUGAUGAGGACCGUUGUGUGGCUGCCAGGAAUGACAAGAGUUCCUCAGGUAGUCUCUUCUGCUUUUGCAGUAGUCCAGUGUUUCAUGCUGGGUGAAAAAUAAUAAUAAUAAUAACAGUAAUAAUAAUAGUAAUAACAGAACCUUGUGUUAUGUAGGUGGAUAGAUCAAUAAAUUGUGGGCUUCUCCACUUUCGUUCUUUGUGCUCUCAUAUUAAAAAUGCUGGGGGUUUUUUUCUCUAAACUUCAGACCCUAUUGAGGAGAAUCCUUUCAUCACACAUCAAAAAAACAGAGAGAUUCAUGCACUGGAUAACCCAGGUUACCAUGGCAACCAUGAUGG